UCUCCCCCCACCCCGGGUGAAAACUGCGGGCGCCGGGCGGGGUGCAGCUGGUGGCGGCUGGAGCGCGUCCGGACCGGGCUGCAGCAGCGGAGAAACCCAGGUCCUGGACUGAGCUCUCGGCACCAUGAACCCCACCAUUGCCACCGUGCUCCUGUUGGCAGUCUUGCAGGUGGCGUGCGGGCAGAAGGUGAGCAGCCUGACGGCCUGCCUGGUGAACCAGAGCCUGCGCCUGGACUGCCGCCAUGAAAACGCCAGCGCCCUGCCCAUCCUGUACGAGUUCAGCCUGACGCGGGAGACCAAGAAGCACGUGCUGUCAGGCAACAUCGGCGUGGUGGAGCACGCCUACCGCACCCGCACCAACGUCAGCUCCAAGUACAACAUCAAGGUGCUCUACCUGCACGGCUUCACCAACAAGGACGAGGGCACCUACACGUGCGAGCUGCGCGUCUCGGGCCAGCCCAGCGUCUCCAACAUGAACAUCUCCGUGUACCGGGACAAGCUGGUCAAGUGUAAGGGCAUCAGCCUGCUGGCCCAAAGCCCCUCAUGGGCGCUGCUGCUGCUGCUGGCCCUGCCCCUGCAGGCUGUGGGCGCCAUCUCCCUGUGAUGGGCAGCCCCCCACAGCGCCGCCGCCCCCCCCCGCCCCACGCACAGAGCCCUUCUGAGUAGGCUCACCCCUCCCCAAAUUCACAGGGAGCCCCUCAUGUGGGAUCCCAGUGCUGCAUGCCCUCCUCCCACCCCCCAUAGACCCUCUACCCCUGCUGUCUCCCCACUGUCUCUUGACAUUCCGUCCCCGAGCCGGGCCUGGGGGUUCACUGAGCUGGGUCCCACCUUUUCUCUAGAGUUGGGGAAAGGGAUGUGAGGGCAGGAGCAGAGUGGAGUUCACUGGAACUGGAGGUCCAGGAGCACCCCAGAGAGGAGAAGGGGGUGAGGCUGGGAGGGCCUGGCGGAGCCCUCCGAGGCAGAGCUGCUCCCCGGGAAACCUGCAGCAAAGGUCUGUGCCAGCAGGGGACGACGGGCUUCGGGAGAGACCGUCCUCCCUCCCUACAGAGGAACCUCAGGGUCGUGGGUGCGCCCCCCGUCACCCCAACCUCAACCUCAGAGCGUGGGGUGGAGCUCUCCUUUAAUGAAACAGGUGGGAGGCUGCUGUCACAGCCCCCACUCCAGGGCCGCCAAGGACGAGUUCCCCUCCAGGGGGCCCGAACCCCAACACCCCUGGAGCCCAGAUGGAGGCUGCCCCCCAGCCUGAUUCGCCCUCAGCGUGCCGCCUGCCUGGCCCACCGCCUGCCUUCUCAGGGAUCUCUGGGGGGCCUGAGGCAGGCCAGGAAGAGACCCCCCCAGGAACCGGCUCCCCGACACCCUGCACCCCGCCUCGUGACCAUACGGUGCAACCCCGGCUUCGGCAUCUCGUGGAGGAAAGAGCAAAGUACAUAAUAAACCCCCUGGAGUCUG